AAAGGUCACCCACAACAUGAUUGCAAGCCCAACUUACAAGCUGAAAAAGAUGGCCUGCUGAGAUGAGAAUAUGACAAAGUGUACAGUCGGAACAGUGUGCGCCCUUGUUCCAUGUCCCACCUUCAAAAGCGCACUAACAUCCUCUCUGAUUGGUGUGGCCGAGGCGACGCGUGGGGCGGCAUCUCUGCAAAACCCAUUCUCUCUAUCUUCCCAAACAAUAAUUAAUACAAAAUAUUCCAUAAGUGAUCAAAACAACACUUCGAUCUUAGCCGAAAAGGCCGAUGAAUUAUUCCAUAAUAAUAAUAAAAGGCUCAGAAGAGCAAAAACACCUCAUAAUUACUGGUAGACAAUAAAAUAUAUAUUAUCCAUCCGACAAAGCCUCAGCCUUCAGGACAGUGUAAUUGGAUAGAUUUUAUUCCGUUUCUUGAUAUUCGUCAAUCCUCCGUUUACAAGCACUACUUCGUAGCUUUACUUCUCCAAAACCAUCUCAAUUGACGAACUGGGUCGUUAACGGUUUUGGAUUAGUGCACCAGAUUCUAGAGCCAAAUAUCUGUUUGACUCGUUAGACCCCAAAGGUUUCACUUCUGGGCGAUAUCAUGGAUUCCCCGCAAUCUGUUGUGUCACCAUUCAAGAACUCCCUCGUAGCCGAGACUGAGAAGGAUAAAUCCGACUUCUUCCGACGGAGCCCUGGCUCCUUGUCAAAGGGAAUUGAGGUCAGCAGCGAGGAAGCUGCGGUGUGUAACAUGGAGGACUUCAUUGGUAUUCUUGAGGUUUACGUACACCAGGCUAGGGACAUCCACAACAUCUGUAUUUACCACAAGCAAGAUGUUUAUGCGAAGCUUUGCCUGACUAGUGAUCCUGAAAACACAGUCUCCACCAAGAUCAUUAAUGGUGGUGGGAGGAAUCCGGUCUUCAACGAUAAUGUUCAUCUCAACGUCCGGACAAUAGAUUCCUCGCUCAAAUGUGAGAUAUGGAUGUUGAGCAGGGUGAGGAAUUAUCUUGAGGAUCAGUUGCUGGGGUUUGCGUUGGUGCCAUUAUCUGAAGUCUUUAUGAAGAACUGGAAGUUGGAAAAAGAAUUCUCUCUAUCUUCAACUGAUCUGUUCCAUUCCCCAGCAGGGUUUGUUCAGUUGUCUCUUUCCUAUAACGGGGCUUCGCCCGAAGUAAUGGCUAUUCCUGCAAUGCCAACUGCUUUGGCCACAAAUGCAACUGUUCAGGAUACAGAAAUAUCCGAGGCUGUGCCAAGUGAUUUAGAUAAGAUUGAGUUCCCUGAUCCUAAGAUUGUGAACGAAGAUCAGUUGAUGGUUUCCGAGUAUAUUGGGUUGCCAUGUAACAGUGUGGAUUCUCAUAGCUCUGAUAGUUUGACUGCUUCUGAUGCUGAAAAUAAUCUUAGUUCGGAAGAGGGUGUUCAUGUUGUAGAAAACAUCUCAACUGGUUCAGCUGAUUCCAUCCAACGUACGAAUGUCGACUCUCCUCUGAGCAGUGUGUCAACUAAUGGAGUUUCUUCUCCUUCAAACCCUGCUUGCUUGGAGCCUUCUGAUGUUCCGGAAGCAUCAAAAUCCUCGAAUCUGGAAGGUGUUUCGGCCCCGAAAGAGAAUAUUGGGGAUGUUAAAGAUGGUGAGAGUGAAUCCUCUGGUGGGGUGCCAAGCGAUGCACUGACAAAGCCUGCUGUCACGGUUAACGUUGAGACAGAACAGAAGGUGGUGCAGCAGGACAUAGUGGACAUGUACAUGAAAAGCAUGCAGCAGUUUACUGAAUCAUUGGCAAAGAUGAAGCUGCCUCUGGACAUUGACAAUGAUGGACCAACCAACUCAGGGAGUUCAAGCUCUGAUCCGAAAUUACAGGCAUCAAAGAGUACUGGUUCCCGUGUGUUUUAUGGGAGUAGGGCUUUCUUCUGAGCUUCUGUUAACUUGGUACAGGGGAAGACAUGUCUAAGACAAGUGACUUUAGAUUUAGAACAGUGAUGGAAACAUAAUAAUGUGAUCUAGCGUGAUGUUUUCCAUUGUAUGUUGGGAUGGUUUUAGAUGACAGGAAAUCAUGACACUUUUGUACCAGCCACAAGCUUUGUUUUAUCGCAAUUGCUGCUAUUUUAUAUAUCCAAGUGUUCUGACGUUUUUUUCU